CAUACGUGAGGCUAGUUGUUCGUUUAUUGACAGCUAGUUCCUGUUUAAUGACGUGUGGCGUGACGCCAUUCGAGGGGCAAGAUACAAACUAUUUAUUUUUAUAUAAAUGUUUUUGUACAUUAUCACCAAAAUAUUAACAGUUGUUCAGAAUUUCCGGCAACAUGGACGCGGUGGUGGCUGAUGUCGUAGCUCCGGAGGAUUUACAGAGGUUCGAGAAAAAAUACAAAUCGGAACUGUCGAAGGGAGCCGUGUCUAAAGACACCAAAUUUGAGUAUGCAUGGUGUUUGGUCAGAAGUAAAUAUACAAACGACAUAAAGAAAGGGAUUGUGCUGUUGGAGGAGCUGGUACAGAAGAGCUCAAAGGAUGACCAGAGAGAUUAUCUGUUUUAUCUGGCUGUUGCAAACUACAAACUUAAGGAUUAUGAGAGAGCUCUAAAGUACGUUCGCAUUCUGCUUCAGAAUGAACCUGGAAAUAAGCAGGCCAGUGAGUUGGAAAAACUCAUCGAACAGGCACUAAAGAAAGAUGGCCUGGUUGGCAUGGCUAUUGUCGGAGGCAUCGGCUUGGGUGUGGCAGGAUUAGCAGGACUGAUUGGGUUGGCUGUGGCCAAAUCUGGAAAGUCCUAAUAAUGAAGAGAGCUUUUGUGGCUUCAAAAGAACAAGAUUGGCUAAUUAAAGAAGAAGAAUGACUCAUCUUUUCUUUGCUGAUUUUUUUUUUUUACUUGCACUAAUUAAUCACCGCAUCACUUUUACAAAGUAGCCUCAUAUUUUAACUUUUUUGUGCUUAUAUAUUAAACUCUUUGGGUGAAAUAUCGACAUGAGUAUUUUCUUUCACAAGUAUUUCCAUUAUAUUAUAUAUAAAUAUAUAAUGUAUAACACCGGUGUAAAUGAUUAGCAGGUUCUAAUUAUAACUAAGUUAUAAUAAUGUAACACCGUAAAUACAUGUUUAUCAAUUUUACUUACAGAUAUAAUACAGAAAUGUAAUACAGAAGUUUCCAUUCAGCUGUCUCUUUGUUUUUAUAUCAACGUGCCUAAGUUGUCUUAAUCGUGUAUAUGACCGAAGUCCAAAUGACUGCUCACCUAAUCACAAGGGCUGCUGUUGCUUUCUUAUUAUCUUUAUUAUAUAUGGGAUUUGCUGUUACAUUUGUUUGCUGUAACGUUAUUGUGUCAUGACUGCGUGUAAUCUUUAGUCUGUGUGUAAAUGCUAAUCAACACUGCCCAGUUUUAUUGAAACAACUAAAAAGGGAUCUAAUAUUAGGGCUCAUACAAUUAAAGAGAGUAGAAGUUAAAGGAUAACGUGGUCGUCUUUACUCAAUGCCAACUUGUGGUUUUACAACCGUAAUGUGCCGUUAACCUUUCAAAACUGCAUGUGUUUUUAAAGCAGUGUGUGAGCUGCAGCGUGCGAGCUGCAGUGUGAUCACACAAUUAGUCAAUGUCUAGCUCUAACAGUGAGCAGAACUGAUCCCACUCAUUCUGAUAAAACAAUAAAUGGGCCUUGAGAGAAAGAAAUUGCUUAUUGGGUUUACACACCAAACCUUGUCUACUGGCCAGCAGAAUUGUGACCAGUGGUAUGGGCUGUUCUUAAAUCAUUGAUCAACUCACCUUUCCAUCAUUUGGAUCUGAGAUCAUUUUGCUAGGUCACUGGAUUUUACAACAGGAUAGAUUAUGGCUGCCAUCAGUAAUGUUCCUUAUGUUCUGCAUUGUUGUUAAACAUUAACUGAAGUAAAAGUGAAUGAUGACUA